AAAUACGUGCACACCCCAUAAUCCUGCUCAGCAACUGGUGUGAUCAGUCGUUCAGAAGAGCCAGAAGCUGUAAAAUAUUAUUGCAGUGGUCAUGGAUGUAUUUACAGACCGGGACAUAUUCCGCGAUAUUGUUGAUGCAGCAUAUAAACGCUGGAUCCCAGUCUAUAUAAUCCUAGAUGAGGAGGGUGUGAAGCUCUUCUUGGAAAUGUGCAGAUGCCUUGACCUCAGUGACUUGCAAAUACGGAAUAUCCGCAUACGUUCUGUGACAGGAGUUGGGUUUUACAUGCCAGCAGGGAAGAUCAGAGGCACACUGGCAUCCCGAUUCCUGAUGGUGGAUGGUGAAAAGGUGGCCACGGGAUCAUACAGCUUCACAUGGAGUUCAUCCCACAUUGACAGAAACAUCCUGCUAGUCUUGACAGGACAGCACGUGGAGAUGUUUGACGUUGAGUUUCGUGAGCUCUAUGCCAUCUCAGAGGAAGUUAAUUUCUACAAGGAACUGGGUAUUGCUAACCCAUUCCUUCUUGGAAUUGGGAAGCCAGGCCUUCAUUCUUCCACCGUGGCUCGGAAGUUCAUUAACCCCAAGUACGGUUUAGUGGCGGGGGCAACCCGUGGUGAUAUGAUGCUCUGGGCUUCACGACACAGGCAGGAUAAUCAGGGAAACAUGGAAAAGGAGGAAACAAGUGAGUCAAAGAAACGGUUAAAUCAGUUUCUGAAUGACUUAAUCACAUUGGAGCAAGAGUUCCCAGAAAUUGAUCCACCUCUGGAAAACGUGAACAAGCUGAAUCGGAGCCCUCAGAAACUGUUCUCCCGGCUCCACAUGGACCUGAAAAAUAAAUCCAAAUCCAGAGAGUCUAUUCGAGAUGUGAAGAAGGAAGAUGCACAAGUCAAUUCAAAGCAAGGAAAACGGUUUGCCAGUGGGCUUUUCAGUCGCAAGGCCAAACGGUCUCCAGGCUCAAGCAUUGAGGCCAAUUCUUUUGCCAGUGAAGGACAUUCAGGAGAAGACCUUGGGAACAUGAAACUGGAAUAUGAGCGGCUCAGCAUUGGCCAUGCCAGUGUUCGGAGCACUGGAGACAUCUCAGGUAACCUGGGUCCAAACUCCGCUACAAGUGAUAAAAACAAACAAUCUACCUGUGUGUUAUCUUGA